AUAAAGAGGACCCAGUGUUUCUGCUGAUGCAUCAUCCCACACCAUAUAUACCGUUUCCAUCUUUCACCGCAUGUCGCUUGUCAGUGUGCUAGUCUUCCAUUCUUCCUCCUGGUGUGUUCUGGCCUCCUCCUCUUCCUCUUCCUCUCAUAGGUCGCAGUUGCAAAUGAGAACUUGUUCUCAACUAGCCUACCUGGUUAAAUAAAGGUGAAAAAAAGAAAGUUCUCUCUGUUGUGCUUCUAUUCAGGGUGUGAAACACAACAACAGCCAAGAUGUCAGAUAAAAAGAUGACAUCGAGCCGCAGGCAUCAUCUGAAGAGCUUAGUGCUCCAGAUUGCGUUUGAGCUUAUUGAAGUGGAGAAAAAGGAGGCUGUGCAGGAGAAAGCCAAUUACAUGGCUGAGCUCCCCGCCCUGGAUUUGUCUGGAGAUCAAACGGCGCUGGUGGAAAUGCUCAAAAAGUUAGCCCAAUCCAUCGACAAGGUUGAUGAGGAAAGAUAUGACGCAGAGUCCAAGGUGACGAAGGCAGACAAGGAGAUUGAGGACUUGAGAAUGAAAGUGGUUGAGAUCCAGGGCAUGAAGAAGCCAGCUCUGAAGAAAGUGCGUAUGUCUGCUGAUGCUAUGCUCCAGGCUCUGCUGGGCACCAAGCACAAGGCUUCCAUGGAUUUCAGAGCCAACUUGAAAGAAGUGAAGAAGGAGGUCAAAGAGGAGGCAGUGGAUGCAGUUGGUGACUGGCGUAAGAACGUUGAUGAACAGGCUGGCAUGGACGGCAGGAAGAAGAAGUUUCAGGGUUAAACACAUUCAUUUUUCAGUCAUAGCCGACUUUUGUGUUUUGUCGUACAGAGACGGAUUUCUAUGACCUUGUUGUUAUGUAUCCCUGCAGGAAGAGGAUCUUUAAAAUGCUAUUAUUUUUUGAUACUGUAGGUUCAAAUAUGUAUUCAACACUAUGGUUUUGGAUAUCUCUCUCUCCCCUCUCCCCCACUCUCUCUCUCUCUCUUUAUCUCUCGCUGUCUCUCUUUCUUUCUAUUUAACUUUUCAGUGUAAUUUGCUAAUGUUUUUGGCUAUUGUAUAGUGAGGUGGAAAGGGUAAAUAUUUGUAGCUUCACCCACUCUUAACAUCACACAGCUUUCCAUCUGCAUCUGUAACAUUCACUAAAAGGAGUAUAUUCACUAACAGAAACAUACAAAUAAAAAACAUUUUAAAAAGCG